AUGCCUCCCCCAGCUACAAACCUGCAGCGAACCUCAACCCCCGAUCGGUACCGUCAUCCCGCUGCUCAGCAUCCAACCGGAUUAGACCUUUUUUCCAUCCUAUCCAGCCGAUUUACUCAAAUACUAAAUUCGUCUCUGUCAAAUACGCCCGUCCCACAUUUAUCAAUCAACGUUAUGCAACCUGCUUCGGAGAACAGCCUCAUGGGUGAGUAUGAGGAGUCCUACCUGGGACAUAGCCAACUCUCUCAAAGCGACGGGGCAUCAUGCCGGGUGUUUUUUGAGUCCCCUCGGGACAAUGGCGGAUUUAUCCAACCUUACUCAACGAUAAUCCAAGGGAUCCCCGCUUCGGUUCAGCAGAUGACCAAUGUAGUGCCCCCGGGUUUGCAUGCUGCCAAUCACCAAGGUUCAAUCGGUCAACAUCCGGCCGUUCACCACGUGGCGAUCCCGAAUCAAGCAAUUGGGGCUCAGGCUCCGAUGGGUUUCCACGCAAGUUCAAUUGGCCAGCUCACCGGUGGGCCUCCGGCGCAGGGGAUGCACAUUGGCCCCAUGGGUCAUCAGCAGUCCGCCCUCUCGUCUAAUGCGGCCGGCCACGUGAUGACCAUGCCUGCAAGUCAAGUGGCCCCGGCGCAUCCUUCCCUCACUGGCCAAACUUCGACGGUGAACCCGACUCGCGCGCUGUCUCUUGCCCCGAUGCCAGGGGAGGCCGAGGACGAAGGGCGCACAAUCCUCAUAGAUUACAUUGUAUUCAUCCGAUCGGCCCAGAAUCAAUCCUCUGGGUCCAGUAAACCAACCACGUCGACCAAGGAGUGGGACCGAGUGGUCCCGAGGGCCGAGACGGUCUUCAAAACAGACAUUGCUCGGUGGGACUGGCGAAGCUUGCAGGCGAAAAUCCUCUCGAUCAUCGAGGGGCCACGUGACCCGAUCCGGAAUGAGGGCCCUGGGAAAUUACUUCGCAAGCACUUCGAGGCCCUCGAUGAAUCGGGCGUGCUCAAGUGGCAGUGUGUCUUGAACUCGCAUCGUACUUAUGGCCACAAGGGGAACUACUUUGUCACUUGA